GGACGGGAUCCGGAGGAGAACCAGGAAAAUCCCCGCUUCACUGAGCACUGCCGCCAGACCUGGGAGCCGGGAGCCCGGGCCAGUACUCCGCCGAGAGCAGCCGCCUUCGCCGGGCUGAAGACACUGACAGCCAUGGAUAAGCCCCCGUCCACACACAUACGCUGCGCCUGAAUGUCUCCGCUCUGUGGCUGGGGCUUCCAGGGAGUCGUGGCGCCCAGAUGAUGCUGAUACUGGAGAAGACGGGGCAGAGUGAGGGAGGCUGCAGGAGACGGAGCGGGGCUUCUCCCUGAGCUCGGAGGCAUGAAGCCGGCGCCUUCACACUGCGGAGCCGCGGCUGCAGGAGCUGGAAAUAGACCUACGGCUAACUGGAUUUGAUUUAUAAGAAGGCAAUGUGCAGUAAAUGGCAGUUCUUCUGAUAUUGCUACUAUGGAAAACAGUAUUGUCAAUAGAAUGUAGCCUGAUAAAUAGUGCUUAGUGAAGAUGCUGCUUCAGUGAGUGCGAAAUCAAUGGAAGAUUCUUACUGCGUGAAAACCCUUCUGAGAUUUUCCUGGCAGGAUCACAUUUAACAAACCUGAUACAUUUCCUUCGAUUCGAAGUGGAUACAAAUAAUAUUGCUUUCCUUUGCAACUAAUGUGGGACUAUGGCAUUUCCAAAGUCCAUUCGGCUGAACUGUUUAUGGAGAAUUGCAAGGUUGCGCCUACCUAUGGGAUUAGAUGUCAUGUUUCCUUUAUGCAUAUUUGGAUUUUUGCUUCACAUUACAACCGUAUACUCACAAAAACUGGAUGAUGUGGACCCAAUAGUUGCAACGACUUAUGGCAAAGUACGAGGCAUUAAGAAGGAACUAAAUAAUGAAAUACUAGGGCCUGUUAUUCAGUUCCUUGGUGUUCCUUAUGCUGCUCCUCCAGUAGGGGAGCACCGUUUCCAGCCACCAGAGCCUCCAACAACCUGGGGAGAUAUAAGAAAUUCCACCCAGUUUGCACCGGUCUGUCCCCAAAACAUUGUAGGAGGCAGGCUUCCUGAAGUUAUGCUUCCUGUUUGGUUCUCCAACAAUCUGGAUGUAGUUUCUUCCUACGUGCAAGACCAGAAUGAGGACUGCCUGUAUUUAAAUAUAUAUGUUCCAACUGAGGAUGGUCCCCUUACAAAGAAACAGACAGAUGAUUUAGGUGAUAAUGAAGGUGCUGAAGAUGAAGACAUCAGAGAUAGUGGAGGUCCCAAGCCUGUGAUGGUCUAUAUUCAUGGUGGUUCCUAUAUGGAAGGCACUGGUAAUUUGUUUGAUGGAAGUGUCCUAGCAAGUUAUGGAAAUGUUAUAGUCAUCACCGUAAACUAUCGCCUUGGGGUGCUUGGUUUCCUGAGCACCGGUGAUCAAGCAGCAAAGGGAAACUAUGGCCUUCUUGAUCUCAUUCAAGCCUUACGUUGGACUAGUGAGAACAUUGGAUUCUUUGGUGGUGAUCCUUUAAGAAUAACAGUUUUUGGAUCUGGUGCAGGUGCAUCAUGUGUCAAUCUGUUGACUUUGUCCCAUUAUUCAGAAGGUAACCGUUGGAGCAAUUCAACCAAAGGUCUUUUUCAAAGGGCAAUUGCACAAAGUGGAACUGCCCUGUCCAGUUGGGCAGUUAGCUUUCAGCCUGCCAAAUAUGCCCGGAUUUUAGCAACUAAAGUUGGAUGCAACAUGACUGAUACUGUAGAACUUAUAGAAUGUCUACAGAAAAAGCCUUAUAGAGAACUUGUGGACCAAGACAUACAGCCAGCAAGGUAUCACAUAGCCUUUGGACCAGUAAUAGAUGGUGAUGUAAUUCCUGAUGAUCCUCAGAUUCUAAUGGAACAAGGCGAGUUUCUUAAUUAUGAUAUCAUGUUGGGUGUGAACCAAGGAGAAGGACUGAAAUUCGUGGAAAGUAUUGUAGACCAUGAGGAUGGCAUCUCUGCGAGUGACUUUGACUUUGCAGUUUCCAAUUUUGUUGAUAACUUAUAUGGAUAUACAGAAGGAAAGGAUAUAAUGAGGGAAACAAUCAAAUUUAUGUAUACCGAUUGGGCAGAUCGACAUAAUCCUGAAACGAGAAGGAAAACAUUGUUGGCGUUAUUCACUGACCAUCAGUGGGUUGCACCAGCGGUUGCAACUGCAGAUCUGCACUCAAACUUUGGUUCUCCUACAUAUUUUUAUGCCUUUUACCAUCAUUGCCAAUCAGAUCAAGUGCCUGCUUGGGCAGAUGCAUCCCAUGGGGAUGAGGUUCCGUAUGUAUUUGGAAUUCCUAUGAUUGGACCUACAGAGUUAUUCCCAUGUAAUUUCUCCAAAAAUGAUGUCAUGCUAAGUGCAGUAGUAAUGACAUAUUGGACAAAUUUUGCUAAAACUGGGGACCCAAAUCAACCCGUUCCACAAGACACAAAAUUCAUCCACACAAAGCCAAAUCGUUUUGAAGAAGUUGCGUGGACUAGAUAUUCACAAAAGGACCAACUUUAUCUCCACAUUGGAUUAAAACCCAGAGUUAAGGAACAUUAUAGGGCUAAUAAAGUAAACCUUUGGCUAGAACUUGUUCCACAUCUUCAUGUGAUUAAUGACCUCACCACAACUAAAGGGCCAUCUACAGAUAUCACUUCUAGACCAACAAGGAAAAUCCUUGUACCUGUAACUUCAGCCUUUCCGACAAUUAAUGAAGAUAACUUCAAACAACAGCCUAGUCCAUUUUCAUUGGAAAGAGACUAUUCUACUGAGUUAAGCGUCACUAUUGCUGUUGGAGCAUCUCUACUUUUCCUUAAUAUUUUGGCAUUUGCUGCAUUAUAUUACAAAAAGGAUAAAAGGAGACAUGAUGUGCAUAGGAGAUGUAGUCCUCAGCGCAACACUACAAAUGACAUAGCCCAUGCACAAGAAGAAGAAAUUAUGUCUCUGCAAAUGAAGCACACAGACUUGGACCAUGAAUGUGAAUCUAUCCAUCCCCACGAGGUUGUUCUUCGAAAUGCCUGUCCUCCAGACUACACUCUAGCAAUGCGAAGAUCCCCAGAUGAUAUUCCCCUAAUGACCCCUAAUACUAUAACAAUGAUUCCUAACACUAUACCAGGGAUUCAGCCCAUACAUGCCUUCAAUACUUAUACUGCAGGACAAAAUAACACACUUCCUCAUCCCCAUCCACACCCACAUCCGCAUCCACAUUCACAUUCUACAACCAGAGUAUAGCCAGACUAAAUGGAAUACAGACUUUAUUUUUGAUGUAUUACAGUAGUUGACCUUAUUGGAAACUUAUUGGAUUUUCAACCCCACAGAACUUGCUUUAUUUAAAGAUGGAGGAUUACAAUGUGCAUACUGCACAUACAUAUCAAAAACAUUUGGAAAUUUUGGGAAAAAAAUGUAAAUAAUCAAAAUGGACAACAGCAGCAAUUGAAAUAAUUGUUGUGAAUGAUAGUGUUUUUUAAUUCAUAUUCAACUUUUUUUAGGUUUUAAGUUACAAAUUGGCUUUAGGCAUGUGCUACAAAAAAGAGAGGACAAAGACUUAAAAUGUAUUUAUAUGCACAAGGGACUCACACAUGGAAUGUCUGAUAAUUUUCACCCCCCCCCCCUUUUUUUUUUUUUUAACUGUUUUAUUGUGUAGAUCAUAUAUAUAAGUGCACAAAGCACCAAUGCUGUUAAGGCCUCAUCUCGGGGCCCCAUUCUGUAAACUGCCAAUAGAACAAAAGAGGUUUCAAGUCCUGGCAAGUAUAACAUUAUCACUUAAGUGCUGUCACUAUCAAUUGUGAAAUAAAGGAAACUGGAUCUUUUUAGCACGAAGUGCAUGAUAAUUUGUAUGCUUGGUGGCUGUGCUGCUGAUUAAGCCACAAUUAAAAUUGUUCUCAUCCCAUUAAACUUUUUUUUUUUUCAUGAAAGAAUAUGACAUCAAUUGGCAAACCUUAAGAUUAUAUUUUUUUAAAGGGAGCUUUGAAAGUUUUUAAUUCCAGUAUUAUAUUGUCCUUGGUUCUAAUUUGAGAUAGAAAUAAAAGGUGCAUAAUUUAGGUUAGAAAUAGAUUGAGAAACACUUACUGGUGUGAAUCCAAAGGAUAUAUGUAUUUAAAGAUAUAUUACAUGCUUGUUCAGUCUAAACAAUUUUAGGUUUUAUGGUAAAUGAUGCAUUUUAUUUGGUAGAGUUGAGAUCUGAUGCAAUUGAUAAUAAUGGUAAGUAACAAUGCGUCCAAAGAAAACUUGAGUAAUUGUCCCACUACUGAUAUAUUUUUUAACAGGUUUUUCAUGUUGCAUGUCCAUGUGUUAAAAAUUUAAAAAUUUUCGUUGCCACUGUAAAUUUAUUUUAUAUUGAUGUUACCUCACAGCAGUAUAUAAGUAAAAUGUAUACAUAUGUAGAUACCAAGGAUACACUAUAACGAAGGGUGCCAACAAAAUUUAUAAACCCAGUUCUGCCUCUGAAAUUUUAUACUAAUAUUAUCCAAACACAAAAAUAUGACUUUCCCUCUUGUCUAUCAGGAAGGUAUUUAUCACAGUCUUUUCAAGGUGUUUGUAUAUGUAUCAGAUGUACAUUUAUAUGGAAAAUGAUAGAGGUGGACUUAAGAGCACAUCAAUAAGAAAUAAUUUCUCUCUUACCUGUAUAUUUCUAUUAGACAACAGUUAACGUGUUUUUCUUUUUCUUUUCUUUCUUUCUUUCUUUUUUUUUUACAUUUCCAAAAUUAGUAAUUUUGAUAGUUUGUAAGAUAAUGCAAAUAUGUUUCUCUGACAAACUAACUGCAGUAACUUUCUUUUCAGUUACUCUUUUUCAAAAAUAAAAGCUUAUUACACACAAACUUGUAUAUUAAUGGAAAUUACUUUGUACUUCUUGACCAAAAUUCUGGUCACUGAGUG